AUGCAAAACUCCAAGAAAGGACUACUUCCUUUUAGAGAUGGAGUUCCUCUGUUUGAUGACCAAAGGCCUAAGACUCAAGAGGAAGUAGAUAUGAUGAGACAAGUUCCUUAUGCUUCUGCAGUAGGAAGUCUCAUGUAUGCCAUGCUUUAUACUAGACCAGAUAUCUGUUAUUUAGUUGGCAUGAUCAGUCGGUAUCAAUCAAAUCCAGGACCAAAACAUUGGCAAGUUGUAAAACAUAGUCUCAAGUAUCUACGGAGAAUGAGAGAUUAUAUGCUUGUUUACCGAUGUGAGGAUUUGAUUCCCAUUGGCUAUACAGAAUCAGAUUUUCAAUCGGAUCUAGAUUUUAGAAAGUCCACAUCAGGAUGUGUAUUCACCUUGGGAGGUGGAGCCAUAAGUUGGAGGAGUGUUAAGCAAUCUUGUAUUGUAGACUCCACCAUGGAGAUAGAAUAUGUUGCUGCUUGUGAAGUGGCAAAAGAAGCUGUCUAG